GUGUGGUGAAAGUUGUCAGUAAAUUGCAAAAAUGUAAAGUGAUAAAAAUUAUCAAGUUUAUUUCUAAUCAUAUAUUAUAGUGCAAUUAUGGCGAAAGACUACAAUAGUAGUGGUGACCAUGGUUCUCCGUAUACAAAUCAAGAAGAUUCUGAACAGUCAUUGGUUGGAAAAUUCAAAUCUAUUAUUAGUAAUACACCUUUGUCAAAGUGGUUCAGAAGACAAGACGAUAGUGUUAAGCCAACAAUAAGAAGACGUGAAGAAGAAGAUGAUGAUGAAGAAGACACCGAACAGUUUCAACCCCCCGCAAAAAGAGCAAAAUUUGUGGUCAAUCGGGAAGAUGUCAGUGUUUCACAUAUAAGAUCCAGUGAUAGUAUCAAAGACAAAUUGAUAAAUAGGAAUUAUACUAGUUUUCCAGAACCAGUAGCAGGUCCAUCUGGUAUACAAACACGAAAUUUACUUAACAAUGUUAAUUCUUCUAUAAAUAGUGAUAUAAAUGUACAGUUGUUUAGUAGUGACUUUUUAAAUGGACAUAAAGACUCUGAUAGUGAGGAAUCCACCAGUGGUUAUUCUUCUGUAGCUAGGAUUGGGAGCAAAGAGCAUGUUUGUCAGAGUGAAGGAAGCUCAAAGCAGCCUUCUCCUCUACAAACCACCUCGCCAAAUAGGAGAUCUCUCUUUGAAACCCCAACUGUAAAUAUGGCAAACCGUUCACUGUUUGCGGAUAGGAAUACAAGUCCACAGCUCAGUACGUCAUUGAGCUUAAGAAGACCCCAAUUUAACGCAUCAACUUUUGGUUCACCAAACUUUUUCGAUCAAACAUUAUCCACAGAAAAAGUUAUCAGUUCACCGUUUUAUAGUGGAAGUACAAUAUAUGGGGGAGCUUCAGCUUAUGGAAAUAAAUUUGGUAGGAGAGUAAAAGAUUUUAGAGCUAAUCUGAAGAGAUCAGUUCAUAUCAAACCUAUUAAGAAGACUAGUGAGAAUGGAAAUUUAGUUUUAGGCAAAACUGCAAGGAAAAUUUUAGAAACUAUAGAACAAUAUACUACACCUGUUAAUGAUGCUAAGAAAAUACCUGUAGCUUCAAAAAGGGCUAGACUAGAUAGUAGUUUGCUUGGGCAGCACAUUGGUGCAAAACCAUACACUUUAAUACCAGAAAAUGCCUCAAACAGAGAAUUACAGGUUCCUACAGUAUCUGAGUUACUAAAAAUGAAGCAAAAAGCAAAGCUUCAAAGUAGUACUGAGGCGGUUAGACAAAUUGCCACCACGUCCAAAUCAGACCUAAAUACAGUGCAACAAUCUUCGCCUACGAACACCUCCAAAAAAGAAACUCCACAAAAAGUGGAAACUCCUAAAACUUUUGCAACACUUCCGAAAUUUGAAUCAUCUCAAAAAAUAGAAACUGUUGCUAAGUCCAAAAUUUGUCAAAGCACAGAGGCUCCUCAGCUGACAGAAACUCCUAAAGUAACAAAAACUGUUUCUAAACCAGAAACUUCUCGUAAAACUGAAGUAAUACCUCAAAAAAACACAACCCUUCAAAAAGCAGAAAACACGACGAAAGAAAAGCUGAACACUUUGCCCAGUCUUCCAAUAACUACACCUUUAAGUAAAUCUGAUUCACUUAAUUCUGCAGCCAUUAAGAAAACAGUUGAAAAAAUACCAGAAAUUACUGUGACUACUACCCCAACAAAACCUCAAAAUUCACAGACAUCUUUUGGUAUUGGAGGUAUCAAAAAAACCAAUCAAAAGGAACAAAUACUAACCACUCAAUUUAAAUUUUCAGAUCCAUUAAUAGUUGCUGAAAAUCUGAACAGCAUCAUAGCCAUAAAUAAUUUCAAAUUUAGCGAACCUUUGGCUAAUAUAAACAAAACUGAUAAGAGCUCGAAGAGUUUUAAAGAGAAGAACAAUGGUCAAAGUAAUUCCAAAGAUAUUUCAUCGAAUACUUCAUUAUUAGAUAAAUUUAAACCAGCAAGUGGCACUUGGGAAUGCAGCACAUGUCUAAUUAGGAACAGUCAAGAUAAGACAAAAUGCAUAGCGUGCGAAACUCCCAAAGUAAAACCAGCACAGAUCGAGAAUACGAAAACUUCAUUUGGAGAUAAGUUCAAGAUGCCAGAAAAUAUGUGGGAAUGCCCGUCUGUAUGAUUAGGAAUGCAAAUGAUAGUGCCAAGUGUGUAGCAUGUGAAACACCUAAUCCAAAAGCUCCAUCAGUGGUUACUUCAUCUUCGAAUUUCCUAGCAAAGUUCCAGCCUCCAACAAACAGUUGGGAAUGUUCAACUUGUCUUGUAAGGAAUAAACAAGAACAUGAAAAAUGUAUUGCUUGUGAGAAUCCUAGGGUAGCGAAAACAAAUGUAGUGGAUGUGAUGAAUUCGUUUAAGAAGAAGGCAGAUGAAUGGACAUGUGAGGUGUGUAUGGUGAGGAAUCAGAUGGAUCGUAAUAAAUGUCAAUGCUGUGAAGCUAUGAAACCGGGAGCUCCAAAACCAACUGCCCAAGGAACUGGAAAAUUGCCUACAACAAAGUACAACUUUGGUUUGGACAAAACAGCAACUGCGCAGUUUAAAUUUGGAAUUCAGCCAAUAACUACAGGAGAAUCUACUUUAUCGAAAGUAUCCACGCCUGUUAGUACAGAAACUAAAUUAAACAGUAGUGCAACGCCUACUUUUUCAUUUGGUGUUAAAACUAGUACAGAGAAAAAGCCUGAAGUGGAACCUCCACAACCUGGUGGUAGCAAAGCGGUUGCUGUUAUUAGUGGAACUGUUUUACCAGAAAAAUCAUCAAGUACCAUUUCUACUAAGUUUGAAGAGAAAACUUCUCUUCCAGCAGUUGUUGCUGCUAAUGCUGCUAAGGAACCAAGUACAGCACCUACUGCCGCUGUAAAUGAUUUAAAUUCUGCAAGUCCUAAGCCUGCAUUUAGUUUUGCUGCGGAUACAUCCAAACCUACAGCCAAGUUUGAAUUUUCUAAGCCGGCUGUACCCACACCAACCAAUUCAGUCGAGCCUCCACCAAACAAAGUAGUGAAGUCUUCGCCUAAUCCAGGAUUUUCUUUUGGAAAAUCAGUCAAUUCCGCCGGUCAAACCACUACCACUGUAUUUGGACAGAAUACUCCAGCUGCUACUCCCGUGUUUGGUCAAGAUACACAGACUAAAUCGAUAUUUGGAGACAGGCCAUCAGGCAUAGUACUGUUUGGACAAAAUAAAUCGUCCAGUUCUACAAGUAAGUAUUUUUAGAUUAAAAUAUACAAUUAUUUUAAAAGUAAAAAAUCUGGGUCAAAAUUCCAUUAUUCUGUUUUGCUCAUUUUCCUUUCAGUAUUUUAUUUUUAGGCACUUUUUGCACCUGCGUUGCCUUCUUGAACCAAUUAAUCUUCUAUAGAAGUUUAUUCAAAAAUAGGGAAAGCCCUAAUAUAUUAUGUAUGUGAGAAUUCAUAGAUAUAUUUUUCUUUAGGUGGUAAUAAUGGCAUCGAUGCUAAACCUGCUCCAUCUUUUGGAAUUCCUACUAAACCAGCAGUGGACGUCCCAUCUACCAAUACAACAAUCUCGAAACCAUUCUCCUUCACAAAACCUAACGUGGAACCAGCCACCAAUGCCCCGGUAUUCAACUUUGGGCAGUCCGCAAGUCAAGCAGUCAGCGCAGCAACUACCCAAUCGUCUGGCUUCAGCUUUGGCCAGGCUGCAAAAUCGCCAGUUUUCAGUUUUACUGGAGCUAAAACAGACAGUGGAUCCACUACAACAAAUAUGUUUAGUGCAGCUGGCAAAAACGGACCUUUCAAUUUUGGUGGCAGUAACCAGAAUGCUGAUACCCAGAAGGCGGGAUUUAAUUUUGGAGCUUCGUCCACGACGCCGAUGCCAGCAUUUAAUAUGACACCGGCACAACCAGCAGCACAGGCAGCGCCUUCAGGAGGAUUCAACUUUUUUGACGCAAAUGCUAAACCAACGUUUAACUUCAGUGCAGGAUCUACACCAGUAUUUACAAGUGCACCAGGUGACGCUGCGCCCCCUAGAAAAAUAAAGAAGGCAGUCCGCAGAACUACUCAGCGGUAGUCAUUUGUUUUGUUACAGUGUAAAUAAAAAAAUAUUAUGGACGAAUCUGAUAUAUAAUUUUGAACGCUUAAGUUUUGCGGUUGUUUGUUUGUAAGGUAAGGAAUGAAUGUUAGAUUAUUACGGACAGAAACUUGUUGGAUCAUUGUAACUUCUUAUAAUCUGUAAAUUACUAAUUAACACAAGAUAAUGUAAUU